GCCGCCGCCGCUGUUGGCUUGCCGCCGCCGCCUCCUCCACCACCUCCUCGCUCGGUCCUCUGAUCCCACCCAGCCUGCCAGCCAUGGAUUCGGACUCCUGCUCUUCCCCGCCGCCCCCCGAGGAUUUUUCUCCCGGAUCCAAACGAUGCCGCACGGUGGAGGAUUUCAACAAGUUUUGCACAUUCGUCUUGGCCUACGCAGGGUACAUCCCCUACCCGCAAGAGGACCCUUCUGUGCGGAGCGCGCCUAGCCCCCCAAACAGCACCGGGGGCACCAUCGACAGCGACAGUGGGGAUGUGGGUGAAGCGAGGCUCCCCUCUGCCCUCUCCUUGUCAGGGAAAGCACAGAAGAGCUUCAGCCAGCUGACACAUCAGAGAGCUUACACCUCCCUCUACCAGUGGGCAAAGCCACAGGGCUUCCUGCUGGGCAGGAAGAAAAUGGGGCUCAGGAGGAAGAGGAAGCUGAAGCGGAGGGAGGUGCUGGUGCCUCCACCACCAGAAGAGGAAGACAGCCGGGAGCUGCUGGGAGGGGAGGAGUCCUAUGCGCAGGCACCCACAAGCCCCUCUUUGGAAGGCGAUACCCAAUCCUCCACAGGGCGCUGCUCGGCAUGGGACUCAGACUCGCUCUCCAGUUCCUCGUGCCCACCAGCGGUCCCACCAGAGGCUCCGCGCCUGGUUCAGACGGUGGGCAAGCGCACCAUCAUCCGGCAGGGCAAGCAGGUGGUGUUCCGCGACGAGGACGGCAGUGCAGAUGAUGAGGACAUCAUGGUGGAUUCAGAUGACGAUUCCUGGGACCUUGUGACUUGUUUCUGCAUGAAACCCUUUGCCGGGCGCCCCAUGAUCGAGUGCAACGAAUGCCAUACCUGGAUCCACCUCUCCUGCGCAAAGAUCCGCAAGUCCAACGUCCCAGAGAUCUAUGUCUGCCAGAAGUGUCGGGACUCCAAGUUCAACAUCCGCCGCUCCAGCCGCUCCCGGAUGGGGUCGCGCCGACACUUCCUGGAUUAGCGGGGUGGGAUUUUCCUCGCAACACGUUUGACACAAGCAGACUUGUGAUGUGAAACAUGAGGCUCUGAUUGGUGGGGGGACAAACCCAGCCACAAGCAGGGAACAUCCUCUCUGUGGUGAAGCGAAGCGUCUCGAAGCACCCUCAAGGGCCUAAAUCGCCACUGGAGAAGGACCUGAUUCCGUGCCCCAGAUCGAGCCGGGGGGAAAAGGCAUCAUUAGGAUGAUAAGAGGAAGUAGGGGGGGUGCUCCCUGGUGUGCACAUCACUUUCCUUUCUUUCUGUUGUCCCAGGUAUGAAAGUAUGGCAGGAUGAACUGCCUGAUGGAUGCUGAGCGACUCCACUAUCGGGGAAGGGGAUGCAGCAGUUUGGAGAGCUGGAGGUGCCAGCAGCUGUUGCAUCUCCACUGUGCUGCUGCAGCAGGUCCAAGAUCUGUCUUAAGGGUUGUGUGAAAAAGGGUCGCCUUCCCCAUCCGGUGGAGAGCCAAUCCGAGGUUGCCUCAAAGUGAGACAGCCCAUGGCUGCUUCUUUCAAAACCACCUUCACUGGAGGAAGCCAUCUGCUCGUGCAGGCAGGGAGACGGAAGGACAGCCAUUUCUCUCCCUUUGGAGAAUGGGCUCAAUUCCUAUUCCGAUGGGCUCUUCCUUCUCUCAGGUCCAGGAUGGGCUUUCCUUUAAGUCGGCUGGCUGUGUUUGUAAAGUGGGAAGCAUGUAAAAAUGCUGCUUCUGAGCUGACGGGGGUGGUAAGCCUUGGUACCUGGGGAUGCUUCUAUGCAUCUAGUACAGAAGAGUCUUGUGAGCUGGGAAAUGGGCACAGAGACCUCAGGUUUAACAAGCCCAGUGGAUUCCUGGCACCAGAGAGCUGAUGUCUCCUUUGCAGUGACCAAACUGGCUUCAAGCACAGAUGUGAAUCCUCAAGUGGAUUCUCCCUUUGCAUUGCUCCAAGCUGUCGACAGCAAGGAAAUGUAGUUUUUGUGGGGAAGGAAGAGCAGCAGGCUCAGCGGAGUGAGGACCGUACCAAGAUAGACAGUCGUCUUACCCGACUCUCAGCAUGGACACGUAUUCCUUUGGGCACUUAAUGUGUGAUGGCCCAAGUUCUCGUAUGGUGGACUUGUGUUGCAAACUUUGUCCAUUUAUCAGAAGCAAGUAUGAAGAACUUGAUUCCUCCACACAGCAGGGUCUGCUUUCCCUCAGGCUCCCCCAUUUGCCAAAGACAGUUAUUCUACAGAAUGCCCCAGGCUGAUACUGUGAUCACUUGGCAGCCUCAGCUACCAUAUUGGUUGUUGUUGGUUUUUUGUUUUUUGUUUUAAGUGUCUGCAGAGCAAGACAAAUCUGUGUAGGACAUCUUGUGGUGGAGGAAACAGCCGAGGAAGAAGUUUCCUGUUGAGCAAGUUUUCACUUGUAUUUUGGCAUUGAGCUCUAGGACCCAGUUUCAACCAUUCUGCAAUCAGGUGGUGUCUGGCAAGCCCAGUUAAUUGAAUUUUUCGGCAGAAGAAUAAACAUCUUGCAUGUCUGCGAGUUCAUCUUUGUGCAAUCUCAGUUUGAGAGCUUUAUUUUUUUAAUUAAA